AUGACGGACGAACAGCCUUUCCCUGACGACUACGACGACUGUGGCCCUGACAGCGGCGACGAAGAAGACGACAACGAAGAUGACGAAGAAGACAGCGACGAAGAAGACGACAGCGACGAGGAAGACGAAGAGCGCGGCCGCUCACGGUCAGUCAAGGAGCUUGGAGCGCGCCAGAUGUACGAGUACUCGCCACCUUUCGAAUACGACUGGGUUGACUGUGACCCCUCGGACGGGGAGGGUAGCGAGGAGGACGGCAAGGACGGCAAGGACGAGCCCAAGGACGACGGCAGGGACGAGCCCAAGGACGACGGCAGGGACGAGCCCAAGGACGACGGCAAGGGCGAUGACGUUACAGAGGAGGACGAACCCAAUGACGAGGACGGGGACGAGGACAUGACUACCCAGAAGGUGUCCGAAGAGGACAGUGACGCAGAAGAGGACAACCAGGAGGAUGGCGAUGAGGGCCAGGACAAGGACGAGGACGAGGACAAGGACAAGGGAGAGAAGUAA